GCCCGUGGAGGAUGUGUUGAUGGACAGGCUGGUGGCUCUGUGUUGUGGGACGUAUGGAGGGUAUGUUUGUGGACAGGCUGUAGUCGAUGUCUCGUUGCCUUAGGUUGCUGGGCCUUGAAGCUUCUGGCCCCCAGCAGGAGCCUGUGGGGACUGGCCACUUGGGCUCACAGGCCAUCCCUUGGCAACAGCAGGUAUGGAAAGGAAGUUUCAGGGGAGUAUUCUUUGUGACCAGGUAGCCGUUGUGCAUCCCCGUGGUCAUGGCUUCUGUGCCUUGUGGGUGGACUUCCCUGAGGGACAGCUUGCAGCCCAGAAAACCCCUGCUGCACUUGUGAGAGGCCAGUCCCUGCUCUGGUGGCAUGGUUCUGUAAAGGCGAUGGUGAGUGAUGGCCGUCAGUGACUUGGCUGUUCAUCAGGAGCCUCUGAGCGCUACUUUUGCAUGCUGUUUGUCCGCUUACUGCCUUUGCACCUGCCAUCUGGCCCUGGGGAGUCACUGAACCCUGGCAGAAGGUGCGUGUUGGAAUGUGGUCAUGAGUCCUGGGAGGAGUAGCUUGGAAGCCUCAGAAACCUGUUAGUUGUAAGUUUCAUCUUGGGGUGUCGAGUUGAUGAGGUAGCGCCGCCCAAGUGUAUUUUGUGGCUUCCGCCAGUCUCUAGUGACCCUGCAUUGAACUGUCUUUUGCCUUUUCCUUGGUUUCAGGUAAUCAUUGCCAAAUGAGGAGGAAAGGACGAUGUCAUCGAGGCUCCACAGCGAGGCAUCCUUCCUCCCCCAGUGUUAAGCACUCCCCCACGCGAGAAACACUGACUUACGCUCAGGCUCAAAGGAUGGUUGAGAUAGAAAUCGAAGGGCGCUUGCAUCGCAUCAGUAUUUUUGAUCCCUUGGAGAUCAUAUUAGAAGAUGACCUCACUGCUCAAGAAAUGAGCGAAUGCAACAGCAAUAAAGAAAAUAGCGAGAGACCACCUGUUUGCUUAAGAACUAAGCGUCACAAAAACAACAGGGUCAAAAAGAAAAACGAAGCCCUCCCUAGCUCCCAUGGCACCCCAGCCUCUGCCAGUGCCCUCCCUGAGCCCAAGGUGCGGAUCGUGGAGUACAGCCCUCCCUCUGCUCCCAGGAGGCCCCCCAUGUACUAUAAGUUCAUCGAGAAGUCUGCCGAGGAGCUGGACAAAGAGGUGGAGUACGACAUGGAUGAGGAGGACUAUGCCUGGCUGGAGAUCAUUAACGAGAAGCGGAAGAGCGAUUGUGUCUCAGCGGUGUCACAGAACAUGUUUGAGUUCCUGAUGGACCGCUUUGAGAAGGAGUCUUACUGCGAGAACCAGAAGCAGGGCGAGCAGCAGUCCCUGAUCGAUGAGGAUGCUGUGUGCUGCAUCUGCAUGGACGGGGAGUGUCAGAACAGCAACGUGAUCCUCUUCUGCGACAUGUGCAACCUGGCCGUGCACCAGGAGUGCUACGGGGUGCCCUACAUACCCGAGGGCCAGUGGCUCUGCCGCCACUGCCUGCAGUCCCGGUCCCGUCCUGCUGACUGUGUGCUGUGCCCCAAUAAGGGUGGUGCCUUCAAAAAGACGGACGACGACCGCUGGGGCCACGUGGUGUGUGCCCUGUGGAUCCCGGAGGUCGGCUUUGCCAACACGGUGUUCAUCGAGCCCAUCGACGGGGUGAGGAACAUCCCCCCAGCCCGCUGGAAACUGACGUGCUACCUCUGUAAGCAGAAGGGCGUGGGUGCGUGCAUCCAGUGCCACAAAGCAAACUGCUACACGGCAUUCCACGUGACCUGCGCCCAGAAGGCCGGCCUGUACAUGAAGAUGGAGCCUGUGAAGGAGCUGACGGGUGGCAGCACCACCUUCUCGGUCAGAAAGACUGCCUACUGUGAUGUCCACACGCCUCCGGGGUGUACCCGGAGGCCCCUGAACAUUUAUGGGGAUGUUGAGAUGAAAAAUGGUGUCUGUAGAAAAGACAGCUCAGUCAAAACAGUCAGGUCCACAUCCAAGGUCAGGAAGAAAGCAAAGAAGGGCAAGAAAACAGUGGCGGAGCCCUGUGCGGUGCUGCCCACAGUGUGCGCUCCGUAUAUUCCCCCUCAGAGAUUAAAUAGGAUUGCGAAUCAGGUGGCCAUUCAGCGGAAGAAGCAGUUUGUGGAGCGGGUGCACAGCUACUGGUUACUCAAAAGGCUGUCUAGGAAUGGCGCCCCCCUGCUGCGGAGGCUCCAGUCCAGCCUGCAGUCCCAGAGAAGCUCACAGCAGAGAGAGAAUGAUGAAGAGAUGAAAGCUGCCAAAGAGAAGCUGAAGUACUGGCAGCGGUUACGGCAUGACCUCGAGCGUGCACGGCUACUGAUUGAGCUGCUGCGGAAACGGGAGAAACUCAAGCGUGAGCAGGUGAAGGUGGAGCAGAUGGCCAUGGAGCUGCGGCUAACCCCGCUCACAGUGCUGCUUCGCUCCGUCCUGGAGCAACUGCAGGAGAAGGACCCUGCCAAAAUCUUUGCCCAGCCCGUGAGUCUGAAGGAGGUACCAGAUUAUCUGGAUCACAUUAAACACCCCAUGGACUUUGCCACGAUGCGGCAGCGGUUAGAAGCUCAAGGGUAUAAAAACCUGUGUGCAUUUGAGGAGGAUUUUAAUCUCAUUGUAGAUAACUGCAUGAAGUACAAUGCCAAGGACACCGUGUUUUAUAGAGCCGCAGUGAGGCUGCGGGAUCAGGGAGGUGUUGUUCUGAGGCAGGCCCGGCGUGAAGUGGACAGCAUUGGCCUGGAAGAGGCCUCAGGAAUGCACCUACCCGAGCGGCCUGUGGUGGCCCCUCGGCGGCCCUUCUCCUGGGAAGACGUGGACAGGUUGCUGGACCCGGCCAACAGGGCCCACCUGAGCUUGGAGGAGCAGCUGAGAGAGCUGUUGGAUAAGCUGGACCUCACCUGCUCUGUGAAGUCCAGUGGCUCACGGAGUAAACGGGCAAAGCUGCUCAAAAGAGAAAUUGCUCUCCUGCGGAACAAGUUGAGCCAGCAGCACAGCUCCCCGCCCGGGGGGCCAGGUACUGGAGGCUUGGAAGAGGAUGCCGCUCCCCUGGGGCCAGACACCGGGGAGGACGUCCUUCCGAGGUUGGAGACUCUACUGCAGCCAAGGAAAAGGUCGCGGAGCACAUGUGGAGACUCCGAGGCGGAGGAGGAGUCCCCGGGAAAGCGCCUGGACACAGGUCUUACCAAUGGCUUUGGGGGUACAAGGAGUGAGCAGGAGCCGGGCACUGGCCCAGGAAGGAAAGCCGCGCCCAGGCGGCGCUGUGCAUCUGAGUCCAGCCUCUCUUCCAGCAACAGCCCGCUCUGCGAUUCAAGUUUCAGUGCACCCAAGUGUGGGCGCGGCAAGCCUGCUCUUGUGCGAAGGCACACGCUGGAGGAUCGCAGUGAGCUGAUCUCCUGUAUUGAAAAUGGGAACUAUGCCAAAGCAGCCAGGAUUGCAGCUGAAGUGGGGCAGAACAGCAUGUGGAUUUCCACGGAUGCCGCAGCCUCUGCUCUGGAGCCCCUGAAGGUGGUGUGGGCCAAGUGCAGCGGUUACCCCUCCUACCCGGCGCUGAUCAUCGACCCCAAGAUGCCACGUGUGCCUGGCCACCACAAUGGCGUCACCAUCCCCGCCCCGCCCCUGGAUGUGCUGAAGAUUGGGGAGCACAUGCAGACCAAGUCUGAGGAGAAGCUGUUUCUCGUUCUGUUCUUUGAUAAUAAGAGAAGUUGGCAGUGGCUUCCCAAGUCCAAAAUGGUUCCCCUGGGUAUUGACGAGACCAUCGACAAGCUAAAAAUGAUGGAAGGGAGGAACUCGAGCAUCCGGAAGGCCGUGCGGGUGGCCUUUGACCGCGCCAUGAACCACCUGAGCCGCGUCCACGGGGAGCCAGCCAGCGACCUCAGCGACAUCGACUGAGGCCCGCCCCGAGCCUUGUGCAUAGUGUUGAUAAGCUGUACAUGCUGUAUAUGGUUCAAAACUUAACUUAUUCUGAUUUUGUAGCUGUAGUUCUGUAAUUCUUUUUCCCCAGGGAGGGGGAGGUUUCAUUUCCACGUUUUCUAUGGAACCAUCUCAUCUUGGCGCGGGCGGUGGGGGGCAGGGGCGUCCCAGCCGGGCGGCGGGGGCUCGCUGUGUGUGUUGGGGGGCACGGGCGUCUUGGCCCUGCUUGUGCCAUGGCCUCCCUGUUCUUUGACCUGUAGCUUUUUUUUUUUUAAAGACCUUUGAAUGUUUAAUAAUUUUGUAAAUCAUGCUCUUUGCACAGAGUGCCACUUAUUUAAUAAGACGGGAUGUAAAAUUUACAGUGACAAAUGUGUAUUUUAAGAAAGAAAAUGACAUUAUUUUGAACGGUACUUUGUGCAAAGAGGAGAAUAAAAACUUAACGCUGUGUGCAUCACUCGCAAAUCACCAAAAACACUCCGCCAGCCGCGCCGGGCGGGCCGCGGUCCGUCAGCCCCGCCCCGCGCCCCCGCCCCGCCCUCCGCCCCGCCCCCGCCCCGCCCCGCCCCCGCUCCGCCCCGCCCCUCGGCGUGCCUCCCAGCAGAUUAUUUAUUGUAGAAGUGUACUCGUUUGCUUUAUAAUGAAAAAUAAAUUUGCAAAAAGUAUAUUGAUAUGCAUUUUUAUACAGCACAUAAAGAUUCAACUCGGUUUGGGAGCAGAAUGUGUCGGGCGGUUAGAGAAACAACUGGCCUGUGAGUACUUUGAUUUUGUAACUUGUAAUCUUGUUUACAAAUGAGGGGCUUUCUGUAACUUGUUUUAAUUUAGAACACUUUGGUAGCAAUAGAACUUUGGAUACAUUUUUGUAUGGUACAUGUGAUGUAUAUAGAAUUAGUACUUUAUUUUUAUUUUUAGAGGUAAAGCAUUAUGUUAGGGGAGAAAGCAGGGUGGGUUUCCAAAUUUGCCUUUUUUUAUAUUAAAAAUAAAGUGAAGAUUUGGA